GCAUGUUACAGGCAAGUCACCUCGACCUCUCGUCGUCUUGUCUCGUCUUGCUAUACUGCUACUGCUCGCUGCUGCUCCUGUUACCGCGGAUGUCCUGUCGGUGCUUCUUCUUCACCCAAUUAUCCUCAUCCUCCUCCUUCUACUCUACUCCUUCAACCUGCCUCGCCUUGCCUCACCUCACCUUACCUCACCUCUUCUCUUUCACUCCUUGCUCGCCCUGUCUCGUCCAAUUGCUCAUCGUCUUCACAGCACUUGGCUGAGCUGUGUCGCUGUCAACCCUCUGAGCAAGCAGCCUUGAGACCCCACCAACCUCUCACUCUAACCGUCGAGUUUACGUCUCCGGCAGAGGACAUGAGAUAGUAAAUCCACGCAUCGUAUACUCUCCCAACCGGCUCUCUUCUCUCCUCCUCCUCCUCCCUCGUCUUCAUACAACUUCUUCCUAGACUCGCCUCGCCGCCGCCAGCCUGCCAACUGUCUGCCAGCCUGACUGUGCCUGACUGCCUGUCUCGCUGCGCCACUCGACUGCUUCCCUUGGCCAUCUCCCGCCACAGAGAACCACAUCCGACCGAGCCAGACCUCCCUGCGCCUUUUCUUCCGAAGCCAUAUCCUGUACAAAUCACACUCGAGCACUAUGGGCAACGACGCUGGGCCAAAGAUCGAGUCCGCCGCCAUGUCGACCGCCAACAUGUCCAACUCUCCUCCCUCCACCGACCCAGAUGUUGCUGCUCCUCAGGGCGAUGACGCUGAGGCAUCCACCAUUACGGUCAACACAAAGACUCCGACUGCAAACUUCCCUCCUCCAAAGACUGAUAAGCCGCGGCCUCAUGGCUGCACCACCUGUGGCCGCGCCUUUGCACGGCUGGAGCAUCUGAAGAGGCACGAGAGGUCCCACACCAAGGAGAAGCCCUUUGAGUGUCCCGAGUGCAAGCGCUGCUUCGCCCGGCGCGACCUGCUCCUCCGCCACCAGCAGAAGCUACACCAGUCGACGGCGCCCUCGGCUCGUCCCCGCAACCGCCGCGAGAGCGCAAGUGGUGUGACCAUUGGCCAGAGUCGCGCUCGCAAGAACAGCGUCGCCGGGCCCGUUCAGAGUGCUCCUCCGAACCCGGCGUCCAUGAGGCCCAGGGCCAAUACCAUUAGUGUUGUUGAUAGCGCCGCCAUACAGAUGAUGGCCGGGGCCGCCAAUGGCCCGGUCGGACGCAUGCCGCACACUCACAGCCGCCACGACAGCCUGAUCGGCCUGCCUUUUCACUACUCUCACAACCCCUUCCAGGGCAUGUCCUCGGUCAUGGGCCACCGCGGCGUUCAACACGGCCUUCCCAAGCUGGAGACGAAUGGGCUGAGCUACGACCCGGGCCUGCGCACCGCACCACCCAACGCCAUUUUCCGCCACGACUUUAUGGACAACUUGUUUGCUGCCCCGACCAUUGAUCCUCAGGCCCUCCACGUCGGCAUGGAGUCUCCACAGUCGAUUGGCGUCGACCCGCUGUCGCCCGUCUUCCACGGCCUGCCGGACCUGUCAUCUCAAGGCGCCCACUACGGACUCGAGGAAUUCUUGAUCACCGACUUUGGCCAGCAGCUCACCUUCAACAACCUCAACGAGAAUGCUGUCGACGGCUCGUCCUCCUCGGCCAUCAGCACUGCCAGCCCCGGUGGCAUGAGCGACGCCAUGAUCGAUGGUUCCAACAAUCCCGCCACAACGGCCCCCGGCACCACCUCUACAUGGGCCCCAGGCAUCGUCUCCCCUCAGAUGGGCAAUCCUUUCAACAUUGACUUUCCGACCCAUGUCUUCCCUGACCUCAUGACCGGGGCCCCCGUCUCGCCACACCCAAUGCAGCACGGCAUGCUCAACGACGCCUACUUCACCCCGCCGCCAUCGACGAUGAACUCGGGCUCGCCCUCCGUAAUGUCGAGUCUGAAUGCUCAGAACAUGAACCAAACGUUGAAUUUUGGUCACGGCCCGGAGACGCCGACUUCGAUCAAUGGUAGUACUCAUGGCACCUCACCCGUCUCGACAAUAACUGAUUCAACAAGAAACGCCAUCCUAGGUGCCCUGUCCACAGCCUCGAUGGGCUCGACUCUUGCCAACCGCAGAUCCUCCUUUUCGGUCCACCCCACGACUUCUGGCGCGCAUGCCAAGGGGUCGCCGGACCCCGCCAGCACUCUGCCCAACACGCAGAGCUUACAACGAUACGUCGCCGCCUACCUGGCGUACUUCCACCCUCAUCUACCGUUCCUCCACAUCGCGACACUGUCCUUCGAGAUCCCAGCCCGACCGGCUAAGAAUGAUUCGGGCAGCAUUGGUGGAUCGGCGUGCCUGGUGCUCUCCAUGGCCGCAAUCGGUGCUUUGUACGAGAAAGAGCAUGAUCGCGCUCGAGAAUUGUUUGAGAUGGCCAAGAAGAUGAUUCAGACUUACUUGGAACAGCGAAGGAAAGCUAACGUCCGAAAAGCCGGGUUCCGAGGGACCUCGUCCGAGCAAGAUGCGCAAGAGCCCCAGGACAAUUCUACAGAUACCCCCGUGUGGCUCGUCCAGUCAAUGUUGCUCAAUGUCGUCUACGGCCACAGUUGCGGGGACCAGCUUGUUGGCAAGAUCGCCGAGACGCACUGUGCAGCACUGGUCAGCCUGGCCCAGGGGGCGGACCUGCUGCGCCCAACGCCUAACCAGGCCGAACAAGACACCAAAAUGAGCGACGCCUCUGACGAUCAUGCCGAAUGGCUGAGGUGGAAGGUCACCGAGGAGCGAAAGCGUACCUUGUACGCUAUCUUCAUUCUUUCCAGUAUGCUGGUUUCUGCUUAUAACCAAUCCCCGGCGCUCACCAAUUCGGAAAUCCUGCUUGAGUUACCUUGUGACGAGGAAUUUUACGAGGCCGAGACGAGUGCCGUUUUCAACGCUCGCGGGGGUGUGAGUGCAGCCGAGCAGAACCGUGUCACCUUCCACGACGCCCUGGGCGAUUUGUUGCGCACAAAUGAGAAGCAGCGCAGGCUUUCUAUGAGCAGUGGGUAUACAUUCAAUUCUAGCGACCUUCCACCUACGACUCUCAGGCCGAGCACAUUUGGCUGCCUCAUUUUGAUCAACGCGCUGCACAAUUACAUCUGGGAGACCAGGCAGAGACAUCACAGCAACAUCUGGACCAACGAAGAGACGGAGAAGAUGCAUCGGCACAUUGAGCCUGCCCUCAAGGCCUGGCAUGCAGCGUGGGCUAGUAACCCUCACCACUCAGCCAAAAGGCCGAACCCCUUUGGCAAGGGCCCGCUGUCUGCGGACUGCAUCCCAUUGUUGGACUUGGCUUACGUGCGUCUUUUUGUAAACUUAUCCCGCUCCAAGGGUCAGUUCUGGGAGCGCGACUGGGAGGGGAUGGCCGAGGAGUUGGCUCGCGGGAGUGAGAUUGUCCAGCACGCCGAGCAACCUUUUCCCAAUGCGGAGCCUGCCGUGGCCGACAGUCUUGAUCACAUGGACACUACGGGUGCCGGUGCUGGCUUAUUGGACAGUUCUGGGCAGUCGCACAUGCAACAACCCUCCUUGGCUAGUCGGACCACGUCACGACGAGAAAAGCAUCUGCGCAAGGCAGCCUAUUUUGCUGCUGACUCUCUGUCAGCGGCCGACAAGUUGGGCGUGACCUUCGCUGAUAUGACUCGGCGGGACCUGCCUCCACAGUCUGCGAUGUGUGCAUUUGACUGCGCGCAGGUCUUGGCUGAGUGGGUUUCUACUUUACAGGACAGGGUUGGUCAGUACCUGGGAAUUUUGGGUCAGGAUGAGGUCGAGCUUUUUCAAGUUCCUGCCAUUAUGCUCCUGGAAGACGAAGACGUCCAGUUGCUGCGAAAAGUUCAGGGUGUUCUGGACGGACUGGAGAAGAAGAUGGGCAUGGAAUUCCUUUGCGGGGUCGCUGGAGGUUACGCGGUCAAGAUUUUGAGAGCUACAGCUCACGUCAUGGCCAAAAGCACCGCAUGGCCUGUGUCGCGAUUGAUGAUUCAAUGUCUCGAGACCCAUGCCAACCACACCAAAGCUCGGGCUGACAGAUCGGUCAGGCCGGCUGAGUAGAGCUGGGCCGGGGCACUCCCUCAUCGAACACCGCGAUUGCAGGUGCCAAACACGACCAUCGCUGUCAAGCCUCGGACGACACGCCGAAUCGCCACGCUGAUCUCAUCAAAUCAAACUCGCAAGAUACUUCCGGUCGCCGUUCACGCUGAGCGUGCAGACCCUGAAUUCCACCUCUACGUUCUCGCAUCCUCUCGACGUUGCACAUACACGAAUUUCAGAACUUCUUACAACUUGCAUGUCACGCCUGUCCCCAGAAGACGGUCCGGACAGUGGCAUGUCGCCGUCCUCCACCUCAGGGACGUUACUUCGAAUGAAUAACGAAAUUUCACUUCUCGGACCAUUCAACUGCGAAGGAGGUCACGUAUGUGUGUUCGCAUUCGAUGUUCAUAAUUUCCCGAUUUCAAACGUCGUUGGAAAUCGAAAAUAUACGUUGGGCAAACGAGCCCGCCCCCCUUUUUGAGACGAAUCGGCCACCCGUUGGCAACGUAUUCACUUCUGGAUGCGGCCGACAGGAGUGCACACGAAUCACACGCCCGCCUCGGAAAAUGUCAUUAGUCAACAACGCAAUGCAUAACGAAACAGCAAUGAACGCAUUUGAAAAGCGAACCAAUCAACGCACAAAGUAUUCACUCAAUUGACUUGAUGUGACGAAGAGAAAAUAAACAAGGAACACGUUUUUCGAAUACACCACCGGCGCAGGUCAGGUGGGGCAGGAAAUACCAAAUUUCAGGACACUAAGGGGAAGAAAAAGUACCAGAUGGUAGGGCGGCAAAGCCAUUUGUGGGGGUUGUUUUCAAAGGAGUAAACAUGGCCAAUCCAACGGCUUUGGUCGAAAAUGAUGUGGACACGGAGGGAAAUUCUGGGUCCCACGGUUCAAAAAUCUGUGUAUAUAGGGCUUUAGGAGUAUGGGUUCGGUAUUAUGGGCUGGGUAUGGGAAAGGAAAGGAACUUUGGGAAGGGUAGGCUAGCCAUUGAAAUUUGUGUGUGAAAUUCAGGCACGCUUUUUUCUCUGCCAA